UCACAAACGUUUGUGUAAAUUUCGCAAUAGGUGAAAAUAGCGGCAGUAUAAUUAGGUUUUGAGGUUUUUUAUAGAGUAUUUGACAAGGUAAAGUAAAAGGGUGUACCGAGAAUUUAGAGCAUAUAAUAGUAAACGUUUUACCUGUUUGCAAAAUUCAACAUGGAGGAAUUUAUUAAUUUGGUGGCGCAAUACCAAUGCAAUGCCGUUGAUGUAAGCAGCUCUGAAGUAGACAGUGACUCAGAUGUGAACUUUGAACCCCCAAAAGUAAAACAACGCAAUACGUUAACAAGGUCUUGCGCUAAAGAUGCGGACUCGGACGGCGGUAAACGUAAGUCUGCCGUUAUGCGUUUGCCUACAAGGCGUCCAGAUCCAAACGUUUACAACAGGAACGCUUUGCUGGCGCGUGAAAAUCGACGCAAGAAGAAGGCUCAUCUGGAGGCACUUGAAAGGGAGCUGAAUGAGACGCGCACCACUAACAAGUCAUUGCUAAAAGCAUUAAAGAAACAAUUUAAACUCACACAAAAACUGGAAAAAGAAUGUGAAUAUCUGAAAGACGUGGCAUGCCAACGCAAGGUCUUUGGACAAACAAAUAUGAUUCUUCCGCGAAACGAUCGUGCCGUUUCGCCUAAUGGCUCUCUGAUAUCAACUUAUUCCAGCAGCAGCAGCUACGAAGUUCCUAAGGAAGCCGAAAACAUAGGAUUGCUGAGCAUCAAAAAUGAUUGUUCGCGAACAACAGCGUACGACAACGACUGCUCGUGGAACGACUACUUGGACGAGGGCCCCUUUGGGCUGAACGAGUGUAAUUCGUCACUUCAGCCACUGGGGGCUAUUGAGGAGCAUAGCUACUUUAACAAAUCCACAGAAAUGGGAUUUAGUCCAAACUGUGAUUGGAGCGCCAGUCGCACACCUCCGUCGCAGUUACUACAGGAUGAGGAUUUUCUGGAUGACCUUUCCAGUCUUUAGAGUAACUCAACUAUUAUGUAUUAUGUGUUAAGCUGGUCUAAGUUAUUAUCUUUAGUGUUAAGACAGUUAUUCGCGAAAUUUUAUUUUGUACAUCGAUGUAAUUCUUUCCAUUGAGACAAGUGCAGAUUUGUAAGUUAGUCGUUGGAACUGCCGAUAGUACGCCCAGCCCACUGAAGCACACCUGCGGUUUCGUUACUUUAAAACUAUUUCCAUUAUUUCAGGCCAAUGUGGAGGCGCGUUGGCUUCAUUUUUAUCCAGCACUGAAAUGGUUUUGUACAAUAAUUUUAAAAGGUGGGUUUCCUCGAAAGGAUCGUAGAUGCAAAAGAUUUUAUUACCAUCUUGUUGCUCCACUUUUUCAGCGGCGACCAACAUAAAAGACGAAUAGCGAUAUCCAUGAAUUGUUUCGUGGGAGAGCACGCUCUUGGAAGGAUGUGUGUGUAACUAGCGUCAAAAGUAUUUAAUACAGUUUGAAGUCUAAAAUUUGUAUAUGAUUUUUAAGAGAGCGCAAAACUUAUUAAUUUAUUUGGAUUCCAAAACGUUUCAGAUUAUUUAAAUCUCAAAAAUCGAAUACAUUGGUUAAAGCGGACAGUGCGGCUUCAAAUAAUGGUAUGUACUGCUAUCCUAAUUUCUAACGGCGACUUUGAGUCUUGAUAUACUUUGUUGAUUUGGAAAGAAUUGUCGAUAUCGUUUUAUCAAUAUGCAUUUGUUAUUGCCCAAAAUAAAAAUAGAAAU